UGUCUUCUACCCUCCACCAUGCUUGCUGCAACCACCGCCUCGCGGAAAGGGGCACGAGCCAUAAUAGUUCGUGCCCGUAAUGCAGUAGCUGUGCCAAAGCUACAAUCCACCUCCAUUCGGUCGAUUCAGUCAAUGGCCCAGACCGACCGUGACACUAUAACCCGGCUGCUCUACUCCAUAGGCACCAAACGGGAAGUCGAGCGUCACCUCCGAAUUUUCUCCUCAUCUUCACAUCCGUCCCAACCUGCUAAAUUUGCCGUCAUCAAGAUUGGUGGGGCUGUAUUGGAUCAAAUAGACGAGCUUGCGCUCAGUCUCAGCUUCCUUUAUCGUGUUGGACUAUACCCCGUUGUGGUCCAUGGCGCAGGGCCCCAACUGAACCAUAUCAUCGAGCGUGAAGGAGUUGUGCCAGACUAUAUCGAGGGCAUACGUGUAACCGAUGCCAAGACACUUCAGAUCGCUCGUCGAGUUUUCCUCGAAGAAAAUCUCAAGCUUGUUGGAGCACUGGAAAAACUCGGAACGCGGGCUCGUCCAAUAACAUCUGGUGUCUUCACUGCAGACUACCUCGACAAGGACAAGUUCGGUCUUGUCGGCAAAAUAACCAAGAUCGACAAACGUCCACUUGAGGCUUCCAUUCGUGCUGGGGCCCUGCCCAUUCUUACGAGUUUGGCCGAGUCUCCGGAGGGCCAAAUUCUGAACGUCAAUGCCGAUAUUGCGGCGGGGGAGCUGGCUAAGGAGCUCGAGCCUCUGAAGAUUGUUUUCCUGAAUGAGAAGGGCGGGCUGUUCCAUGGAGUCACAGGAGAGAAAUUAUCUGUGAUCAACUUGGACGAGGAGUAUGAUCAGCUCAUGAAAGAGCCAUGGGUCAAGUAUGGCACAAAGCUCAAGCUGCGAGAAUUCAAAGAGCUGCUUGACUACCUUCCGCGCUCGUCGUCUGUUGCUGUUAUCUCUGCGUCAAUGUUGCAGAAGGAGUUAUUCACCGACAAUGGUGCAGGCACACUCAUUCGCAGAGGCUACAAACUUUUCAAGCAUAAUAGCAUUGAGGAGCUUGGUGCUGACCGCUUCCGACAAGUUAUCCAUGACCGUGACCCCGAUGUUCUCAAUGGAUUCCACAGUGUUGCUGGGGUCCUUUCCGAGAUGAAAGAUACUCCCUAUACGAUCUAUGGAGACGAGCCUCUUGAUGUAGUGGCUGUCGUUUCUCAUCCCCCCGGCGAAACUCCCGUUCUUACUAAACUUCUCCCUUCCCGCGCGGGCGUUCUCAACAGUGUUAUUGAUAACGUCUUCAGCGCCAUCAAGAAAGAUCACCGCCGACUUUUCUGGACCGCCCAAGCAGAUGAUGAGAACCGGGCAUGGCACUUUGAACGUGCUGAAGGGAGUUUUACACGCGCCGGGAAAAGCCUCUUUUGGUACGGGGUGCAAGAUGUGAAGGAGGUGGAGCGAAUCGUCCGCGAGUUUGAAGAAAAAGGCCGCAUAUCAAGGGUUUACCUUCCUGUUGGACCGUCUGCGUCUGCGCAAAAGGGAAGUGGGUCUGCUCCCAGCGGCACAAGACCGUAUUCGACGGGUAAAAGACGAGGAUAUGCUACGAUCGCAGAGCCCACUGCUCCAGUCUCAACUGAAAUAAAAAGACUUGGCCUCAUUGGCGCCCGCGGGUUCACCGGUCAAACCUUGACAACAAUGCUUUCUAACCACCCCUAUCUCGAGCUGGCGCAUGUCUCGUCGCGACAACUUGUUGGCCUGCCGUUGGAAGGAUAUACCAAGUCCUCGAUCACCUAUUCUAACCUGGCUCCAGAGGAUGUAGAAGAUAUGGAGGCUAGUGGGGCCGUUGAUGCUUGGGUCAUGGCAUUGCCGAAUGGCGUCUGCAAACCAUUCGUGGACGCUGUCGACCGGGGGGCAUCGAAGCGCGUAUCAUCUCCUGGUGGCACAAACACCAACACCGGAAGCGUCGUGGUUGACCUGAGUGCGGAUUAUCGAUUCGAGGAAGAGUGGACAUAUGGGCUUCCUGAAUUGUAUGAUCGAAGCGCAAUUCGUGCCUCAAAAAGGAUAUCAAAUCCUGGCUGCUAUGCGACCUCUUCACAAAUGCUCCUUGCGCCAUUGAUUAACCAUAUUGCUCCAGGAGCGCUGCCCACUGUGUUUGGGCUGUCUGGCUACAGCGGAGCGGGGACCGUGUCAGUCACAGACCCCGAUGGCCGACCUGCUAGCGCACCCAAAAUUUCUCCAGAGAGCCUCUUUGGCGGCGUCAGACCAUACUCCCUGACCGGCCAUAUCCACGAACGCGAAGCCGCCCAUCAUCUUUCGCGGUUGGCCUCCUCGCCAUUAAAAAUUGCAUUCGUGCCGGCAGUGACUCCGUGGUUCAGCGGAAUCAUUUCGACAGCGUCGAUCCCGCUCAAAGACCGCAUGGCAGCGCGAGAUGUAGCCAGGCUAUUUGCAGACCGCUACGAGGGCGAGAAACUAGUUAGGUUGCUCUCUGGUGUUCCUGGGCUGCAGGACAUCGAGAAUAAACACGGCUGGACGGCAGGCGGAUUCCAAGUUUCGAGUGAAGGCGACCGGGUUGUCGUUGUUGGCGGGUUGGACAACCUGUUGAAGGGAGCCGCCACACAAUGUCUCCAAAAUCUCAAUCUGGCUCUUGGAUAUGACGAAUAUGCGGGUAUUCCAAUUGAAUGA